GCGGGAAGGUGACCCGGCUGCGGGGCGGAGCCGGCAUUGCGUGGCGCGGCGUGCCGUGGCGGCCCGGGCCAGCAUGGGUGGCGUGGGCGUGCUCCUGCGUCCAGUGGCCUGGAAGCUGAACCAGAGGCGCGACAUCUCCUCUUGGCUAGCCAAAUGGUUCCCGAAAGUCCCAGCCAAGUCCGUGGUGGCCCUGAAAACACCCAUCAAGGUGGAACUAGUGGCAGGGAAAACCUACAGGUGGUGUGUGUGUGGCCGCAGCAAGAAGCAGCCCUUCUGUGACGGCUCCCACUUCUUCCAACGAACUGGCCUUUCCCCACUCAAGUUCAAAGCCCAGGAGACCCGAACAGUGGCCCUAUGUGCCUGCAAGGCCACUCAGAAGCCUCCAUACUGCGAUGGCACCCACAGGAAUGAGAGGGUGCAGAAGGCAGAAGUGGGCUCUCCACUCUGAGCAGGUGGCUGCUGCUCAGCCCCAGGCCUCUCUGACAGGUGUCGCCUUUGUGGGGAAGGAAGGUGAGUGCCAAGCUCAAGAAAGGAUCAUCCACGGAUCGUACCCACAGCUGGCUUAUAAAGGACUUGCCUCCCAUUAACCCUGAGGUCUCUAAUCCGGUGCCUCUGGCCAACAGUCCCUGCUUUAACACCUGCUGCCGGUGAAGAUGGCAUUAAACAGGCCUGCUGUCCAGA